AUGACAACUGUGCUACACAGCGGUCUGGUGCGAAGGAGCCUCCGGCGAGAGGCAAGUUUGGCCGAGGAGCAGAGUUCGGAUGUCUGUCGGCUGGCGGAGGGCAAAGAUAUGCUCAAGGCGGCGGUGAUGGAGGACAGCAGCGAGGAUGACGAGGACAGAGACGAUCGUCAACUGGAGGGGAAGCAUACAAGCAGGGAAAAUGACUAUGAAGCCGUGCGAAGGGAUGCCGGUAGAAAAAGAGGCGAGACGAAGGAGAAGGAGGACAGAAGUGAAGAGGAAAGCGGAAAGUAUGUGGCCGUCGAGUUGGCGUCACCACGGUGUAAGCGGCUAAGGCGGGCCAGUUACGUGUCUUUCGGUACCGUUGCUGCUCCGUCAAUCGUUGCAGGCCUGCACGACGUCACGGGAGUAGGAGGAGGACAGGAGCAGGCUUCUCACAAUGUUCCGUCGAAUGCCGCCAGACUGGGAUGUGGAAAGGAGGACUUCGGACUAGUCGAGGCGCUGGACGAGGGACAUUUGCAAAUGAAUAAGGAGAUUGGCGUAGUGAUGAGUAAACUAAAAGAGGAAAAUCGGACCGAGGCGGAGGGAGUGGAGAUGAAGGAGCUCUCGAAAAGAAGUGAUGAACAGAAGCUUGACAAUGGAAAUAACAGGACGCUGGUUGAGUUGAGCCUUACGCUAGGCUUGACCGACCGAAUGGGCGCCGAUCCAGAACCAUUUAAGAACAGCGGACUUAAUGCGGAGAUGGAAGAUGAUCGCCAUCAAUCUGGGAGACUAUCCACCUUGAAGCCUGAUCAUAUCUGGAGCCCGAGUAAGUGA